ACAACAGAUGUCACUUAUUCACCGAAUUCUAUUUUCGAGAUAACCUUCAAGUGAUUUAGUCAAAUGAAUUGAUAACAGCAAGUACUAGUUGCAGCGGCCUGAAACUUCGUGUAAAAUAAACAGUUACCCUAUUCAAGUACUGGUACUUAUAAGGCCAAAAUGAACUCCCUGAAUAAGAUUUUAGUUUUAAGCUCAGCAAUACCUAAAAGUUCAAGGUUGAUAUCUACAACAAGUUCACGGCUGAAUGCUGACGAUGGAUGGCUUUCGAAGUUGCUGGUACGAAAAAUAGAACCGACGAAGGAAUCCCACAGCCGUAUGCUAAGCGACAAGGAGAUUGUAUAUGCGUUGCACACUCAUAACAUUCGGCCCGAUUCCGUGGACAAAUACUUACAAAAUUACAAAACCUCAGUGGCAUUUGUGGAAUCUCGUAAGGCUGAUUUGGGCUGUGAGCUAGUGGGAUCAUGGACAGUAUCGGUGGGUGAUAUGGACCAGGCAUUGCAUCUGUGGCGCUAUGUUGGUGGUUUCGAAAAGAUUGACAAGGCAAAGAUAUUGUUUAGAGAAAAUCCUGAUUAUCGAGCGCUGGAGAAAGAACGUGGAAACUUUGUGCGAUCCCGCCACCUGCAAUACCUGCUCGCCUUCAGCUUCUGGCCUUCGGGUGACCCUCGUCCUGCGAAAAACAUUUACGAAAUUAGAUCUUACAGUUUAAAGCCCGGUACGAUGAUCGAAUGGGGCAACAAUUGGGCGCGCGGGCUGACGUACCGGCGUUCACAAAACGAGGCCUUCGCCGGAUACUUCUCCCAAAUAGGCAGGCUCUACAACGUUCAUCAUAUUUGGUGCUACAAGGACCUGCAGGCGCGGCGCGAGACCCGCGAGAGCACGUGGCGCAACCCGGGCUGGGACGAGUGCGUGGCCUACACCGUGCCGCUCAUCCGCGAGAUGCACUGCCGCAUCCUCGAGCCCACCGACUUCUCGCCCACUCAGUAGACGCGCCGCCCUAUGAGCGAACCCCACUAGCGUUUCAAUUGUCUUUUAUCUUGUGAACGACAGUCGUAGCGAUUUUCUACACUUUUGCAUUUUAUGAACUUUAUAUAUAUAUAUUUUUACAAUCGUCCCGAGGAACUAGCUGCGGGACAUGCGUUUCUCGUUUAAAUCGAAAAAAAAUUACGCAAUGUACGACGAAUCAACGACAGCAAUGAAAUGAAAUCAAAAUUCUCUGCUGUUAAAUUUCUGUGUGUAAUAAUGUAACGUAGGAUGCAUUUAUAGAAUUAAGUUAAAAUUAAACGUUAACAAACGCUAGUGUGGUUCCGUGAAGUAAACAAUUAAGCAUGUAACCCCCAGGGAACAUUCGAUGUAAAUAAAAUUGUACAAUUUUAACGUACAAAAUGUUAAACGCUAUCUAAGACACAUUGGUAGCUAAGCAUUUUUUCUUUUUUUAGCUGAAUAUGAAAUCGUGUAUUUAAAAUAUAUUAUUGUAUAAAUA